UGUUAUUUGGAUAAACAGUCGACACAGGCCAAGUGAGGGGAAACCUUUUGAGCCGAGCUUCCUCGCAGCAGAAAUGAUUCACCUGUUUAUUCAAAUGAGAACCGUGAACAGAUGAUUGAAGAAGUGUAAUAUGCACUAACACCGAAUCUCAGCAUCCCCCCCAACACACACACACACACGCUGGAACUCCGCCACAGCCUGCAGCUGCAUUGACAGUAAACAGAGCAAGGUAGCGCAUGGGCAGCCAGCAGGGAAUUAUUCCACAUCGCAUCACAUCCCUGAGCAUACAUGGCGUGCUCACAUACCGAGCUAUGAAUUUAGUGUGCACGCUGACGGGGUAGCCGCCAAUGUAUUUUUUUGUGUGUGUGUUUGUUUUUGUUUUUUGCAGCCAUCAUUCUUUGCGUCGGUGUGCAGCAGUGGGGAGGAUUCAGCGCACAUUGCUACAGUAGGUACCAUCAUUUUCUGGAUCAAGACGAUGGAUGUGGGCUCAUCCGGAUCUAUUCCUGCAAAUACGGCGGACGGACGCGAUUUUUUAUUUCAAACGCAUCCACAUCUUCCAUAUGUUGCAAGGUGUCUUUGAAAAGGGUACGGACCUCUGGAGGAAAUGAGAAGAAAGGUCUAUUUUGACUCACGCCUGUCGAGAUGGAGGCAUCAUUAAGAAGACCUGUACAUUCAAGAUCAAGCCCACCUCAUUAGAUCAUUACAGAUCAUUAUUAUUCUACGUAAGAGUAGAGUCUAUGAGCACUGAAUCAUAAAGAAGAUUGAUCUCACUGUCAACCCAAUGUAGGAACUGCUGCCUCCGAUUCCCACAACCUCUACUCUUGCUUGGAUUUCAGCAUUCAGUCAAAUCCACCAGGACAGAGUAUGCCAUCUGCACCUUUUCACAGAAUCCUACGACCCCUUCUGCUCGGCACUUUCAUACUGGGAUGCUUUGUGACUCUGUUUUUGAUGUAUUUUAAACCAUCCACCAGCUGGUUAUCAGGUCCUGUAGAGUCAACAGUAUCCACAGACCGGGUUAAGAACCUCUUUUCCACCAAGAGCGAUAGAAACGUGACCACCGUGCUGAUCUGGCUCUGGCCCUUCGGACAAACCUACGACCUGAGCGUGUGCAGCUCUCUCUUCAACAUCGAUGGCUGUUUCAUCACAGCGGACAGGAACCUCUACAACAAGUCGGAUGGGGUCGUCAUUCAUCACAGAGACAUCUGCACUGACCUGUCCAACCUGCCACCGCUCCAGCGACCAUCCUUCCAGAAGUGGAUAUGGAUGAACUUGGAGUCGCCGUCGCACUCCUCCCAGCUGCCUGGGAUCGAGAACCUGUUCAAUCUGACUCUUAAUUACCGUCAGGAUGCUGACAUUGAAGUGCCUUAUGGGUCCAUCGUAGCAACGGAGGGCGAGGAGGACUUCGUCCCACCCAGCAAAAACAAGCUUAUCUGCUGGAUUGUGAGCAACUGGAACCAGGACCACGUGCGAGUGAAAUACUACAAUGAGUUGUACAAACACAUUGAGGUUCACGCGUAUGGACAAGCCUUUGGGGAAUACAUCUCUGACCAAGACUACUUCCCCACCAUCGCCAGCUGUAAGUUCUACCUGGCUUUUGAGAACUCCAUCCACAAGGACUACAUUACAGAAAAACUGUACAACCCGCUUUCUGUAGGGACAGUGCCAGUUGUUCUCGGCCCGCCCAGGCAGAACUACGAGAACUUUAUCCAGGGGGACGCCUUCAUCCACGUAGACGACUUCACUUCGCCCAAGGAGCUGGCCGAUUACCUGCUGCUCCUGGACAAGAACGAGGAAAUGUACCUCAGGUACUUUGAGUGGCGGCGGCACUUUAAAGUAAAGAAGGCCUAUUUCUGGGCAGAGCACACAUGCCUGGCUUGUGAUUACCUGCGUAGGCACAAGGAGUACAAGGCAUUUAAUAACCUUGACAAGUGGUACUGGGGCGGAUAAUGCUUUGAAGGGCUAUGCAGUGCUUGUUUUGUUGUUGAAGGCAGUGCUUUAAGAUUUUUGUCCUUCAGUUAACAUGAAGGUUCAUUACUGUUCUGUCCAGAGCUCCCGAACGAUGUGUUUUUAUUGGUUCAGUGGCCCAGUGAGACAUCCAUCUUGUUUUUUUAUUUGCAAGCCAGUUUUGCUAAGCCUUACUUUGCCUUUUGUGUUAUUCAUUUAUUUAUUUUUUAUGAAUUACAAAUGCACUACAUUUUUUAUUGUUAUUUCAACCCAUCUUUUGCUUAACAUGACCACAUUUGCUGCUAUUUUUCAUGUUUUUGUUCUAUUAUUAGUGUAAAUUAUUAGUAUGAAUGCUUGAUUGUAUGGAUGUUCCUGUAUAACAGAUAAUAUUCAUGAUGCAAGGUUGUUGUUUUUUUUUUCUUUAAAUAUCACCUUUUCAUUAAGUGGCACACAGAAGAUAUUGGAAUAGUGUUGGCUGCAGAAGGAGACUGACAUGAAAGUGAAAAUAUUUAUGUAAUAUUUAUUCAAGUGAGGCAUUACAUGAUUAAAAACAAUCUCAUCUGUGCUAGUGAUGCAGUCACCUAUGCAGUGUUUACUGAACUCAAAUGUGAAAAUAGUUCAAUUGUGUCAUGUACAUAUUGUGUAUUUUUGGAAUUAUGUAGCUGUCAUUUUCCCCCAUAUUUUUGUAAGUUUGCAUUUGCACUGCUAAUCCAACUGUUACCUAUCUUUACAUAUGUACAGUAAGACAGACGGUCAUCAUAUUAUCUGGUUGUAGAUGGCAUAUGGUGAUCAUUAGCCUGGUAGUCUCCGACAGCAGAUGUGUCUCUGCUCUGUGAGGGGGACGUAACUAUUUUAAUAAUUUUUUGAAUUGUUCAUUGUCACAUGUGAUGUGUCAUGCAGUCAGAUCCCGUGUGGAUGAUGAUAGUACAGAACAGAGCCAUUGUACUGCAAUAUGAAACUCCCACACACUGCAUUAUGCUGCAUUCUGAUUUGAUCUACAAAAGUAUGUCAUUUUUAAUUGAAUACAGUGACAGACGAAAAAGCACAAACUAAACAUAUUACCGAAUCCUUUGAAUAAGCUAUUUUGCUGUGUUAACUGUACUGUCAUCCCACAAUGUGACCUUAAAUAUUUACACUGAUAUUUUAAACUAUUUCAAGCAGAUGUUACCAUGAGAUCAGGUGAGAUCUGCCCACAUGUUUGCACCCCGUUAAGAAAAAUGUGAAAGAUGUGACAUUUUCACAAUUACUGCAAGAUUAUUGUCUUUGAAUCAUCACAUUGCAGUGUUGUUUGGGGAGUUAGAGGUUGCAUGUGAAAGAUAUUUUUCUGUAUUUUUUUUGUUUACUCUCCUGUUUACAGUUGUGUGGCUUGCCAGCCAACCUACUCCACUCAAGAUCACACAUCAGCAUCUGUAGAUUUCACAUCACUUUGAAAUGUUGUCAGAACAGCAAAUCCACUAAACAAUGCAUCUCAACAGCACUCAGCAGCUAUUGACAUGAUGGUUAAGUUUUUACAGAAAGUACUGUGCAAAACCAUGUCAACAUUUUAUGCAAGAUGAGCUGGCGGCUUCUUGGUCAAAGUACUCAAACACGUUUCAGGUUAUUAUCAUUUUGAUAUUUCUUCACUGUCAAAGGGACCAUUGACGUAAAUUAGGAUGAAUUCACUUAUUUUUCUUAUGUAAUAUGGUUCCAAAUGCCAUAGUGAACCCUGUAUAUAAACCUUGUAGUGAACUGAAUCAUCAUCUGGAUCAAACCAGCCCACUAACACAGAUCAUUCCUGCACCAGACUGAGGGAGUGUUUGCAUUUAUGGGGAAAAGAAACAACGUGUUGUAUAUAUUUUUAAUGUUCAAAUCUCUUUAUAACAUGCAAGUGUUGUCAGGCAGUGAAUGUGAUUUCACUGCACCUUUAUAAGUAAUGUUGGUGCUUCAAAACGAUGUGAAUCAAGGCGAAAGGAGAGAGACACUUGAAAAGGAUAACCAGCCUCAGAGACAAUGGUUUUUCAUCAAGGGAGGCAAUUUUACACUUUUUUGGAUUAGGUGGUAAUUCUGUUGGCAUGACCUAAUUGAAAAAAUCGUGCCAAAAUGCAUCAAAGAUAUAGCACUUUUAUUCAUGUGGAGUUGUGUGACUCACUGUGCUGGUGGCUGUCGUAGAUGGAGCUAUUGUGAGUUCAGAAACUGUCAUCCAAGACCUUGGCUGUCCCACAGAUUAACUAUGAAACAGCCACUCAUGGCUUCAUAUUGUACAGUCCAAUCUCAUGUAUGAAAACAAAGGCUUCUUGUCCAAUGUGGUUGGUGACUUUAAGGAACACAUUUUUUUUCUGUGUUGUCAGUCUCUUUCAUCCUCUCUCCCUUUUCUCUUUUUUGCACAAAAAACAAACAUGAGGAUCUGUGGCUUCUCUGUCCCCUGUUUGAGUCUGUGAGUGUGUCACAGCACCAGAGAGUGAAUCAGGAUGUCUCUGGAUACUGUCUGACCUGGCACUGAUUUUGCUGGAGUCCUUAAAAACACUGAAUACUGAGUGAAAUCUUCAUGUGUGGUUGAACAUGAAGAUUUCUCCAGAAAUGCUCAUUUUCUGCCAGUUCGCUGAAAUAAUCAGUGAGUCAAUCAGUACAAGUUUUUUGCCAAAUCAUUGUAUUUUGCCAAAUGUUGUGUUUUAACUGUAGAUGUCUAAUAGUGUCAAAGAAAAUAAAGAUAUGGACAAAUGAGCAAACAUGA